CGUAUGUUCUCUAUCAUAGCAGUCCACGGGAAUUGUUGACGUGCAAGGCGAAAAAAUGUGCGACCCUUCAGUGAUAUUCAAAUCCGAGAAACUAAAAUUAUCUGUUUCGAAAUUCGGUGUACUCACUUGUCCACAAACGGGAGCAACUUUUGAAGUACAAAAAUAUACCUGGGAAACUACAAAUAAACUUACACUCGAGGUAAUUACCUUAGACGCAGCAAUUGUUAGCCUUUGCGUUCCGGACAAAAACUUUAAACCAGAUGAAAUCAUUCUUGGAAGCAGCAAAACUGUGAAAGGUUAUCUGUACUACGCUGAAGCCAAAUUGACUUCAUCGAUCCAGUCUGUACCGUUAAAACGAACCAGCGUUUGGUCUCAGCGUAUAUGGUCACCUUACGUUACAAAUUCCGACCUAAUUCUUACCAAUGUUGUUUUUGGUGAAUGCAACAACCUGAUGAUCCAAGUACGAUUUACAGUGACAUAUAAAAAUGAGAUCCAGAUCACCUACCAGGUAGUGAGUGACCCAGCACGUUCUCUAGAGACCACUCAUCGGAUAUUAUUUAAUCUAGGAGGUCGUUGCAGUGCUCAUUUCGGAAUGUAUGAUCAUGUAGCUCAAAUAAACGGUAAUGGGUUUCACCGUUUGAAGGAGAAAAAACCUACUGAUAGUAUGAAGAAAUGCAUGGCGACCGAUGUGGCAGACCUCCGAGUUGCUCAACAUGUUGGAAUGGCCAUAUACAGAGCAGAAAAGGACGGAUUCGAUGGUGUUUAUGAGCUGCCAAAAUUGGAAAAUUCUCACUUCGAUAUGAGGCUGAUUCAGGCGCGAAAUGGACGUGUAAUGGAAAUCUAUUCGACCUACAAGUGGAUUCAGUUUUCGACUUUGAAUAAUCUUCCAGAUGAAAAUCAAGACAUAAAUCCCUUCUAUGCUUGCCUUGGGAUCAGAAAUAUUGAACAAAUUUUCAAUAUGGAGCAAUUGAUUAAUUCUGUAGUUUAUUCAGUGGAAGGCGAUGAUGAACCGGUUGCAGAGAGUUCCAAUGCUUCUUUGAACGAUUCUGAUACGCUUAAUGAAUCCAAGAUAAGGGUUUUUAUCGACGAUGUUUUGCUUAAAGAUCUAGAGGAAAAAGUAGAAGCUUUGAAGCAAGCUGGUAUUUUAAGCAUCGCAGAAGCGCAUGAUAUCAUUAUUGACUUACUUUAUAUGAGCCUCGAUCUUGGCAGUGAAUCUAGUUGUGCCUCCUACAGUAAAGAAGAAGUGGAAAUACGAAAAAUAAUUGAAGAUUUAUUAUUGAAAGCACAUCCAACUCCUACGCGUUCGAUCUCUGAAACCUUUACUUUAUCAACCGCUGAGAAAAUAUCAAGAAUUUCAUCCGAAGUAGAAGAAUCCGAUGAAAUUAUUUCCGACUUUCAAAAACAUAGUGGAAUACUUUUGCAGCUAAGCAACACACCCUUCUUAAAAAAAUGCAAACGGAGAAGUAUUUUUUCCACCUUUCAUCGAGAACCCCCGCAGAUAAUAUUUAAUCAAACGGUUACUAUGAAAUUCGGUAUUUGUAGAAGUACUAAUAAAUCG